AUGGUGUCGCAACGACAGAACGAUAGUUUCGGUUCAGUUGGCGAGACCGAUGCAGAUGUCGUGUGUGAGUUGCGAGACAGACUGACUGAGGUCUCCAUAAAAUGCUCAGAGCGUUGCUUGUACCAGUCGGCAAAAUGGGCGGCCGAACUUUUGACUUCUCUUCCCGAAGAUGACAGUCUGGAUAACGAUUCACCAAUGCAAGAUACGAAUAAUGUUCAAUCAUCAUAUCGAUUAUUCUCAACGAGUUACGAUGACCCUGAAGAGGCGACAUUGGAAGCAAGAGAAGCACCAAAAUAUCUACUGGCAAAGGCAUUUUUUGAUACCAAAGAGUUUGACAGAUGUGCUGCGGUAUUUCUGCCCCCCGCCACACCCGCCGGAGGUCUAGCAAUUUUCGACAAGCCAAAAGGAAGAACACCGACGUCUACACCAGCUCGCUCCAAGGGCAAAUCAAAACAGGGCCAACCGAUUUCGGUCAAUCCAUUUCCUCGACUCAGCCAGAAGUCCCUUUUCCUAUCGCUAUACGCGAGGUAUCUUGCUGGAGAGAAACGGAAAGACGAAGAGAGCGAAAUGGUGCUGGGUCCGGCCGAUGGUGGGCAGACGACGAACCGUGAACUAUCGUCGCUGGCAAGGGGAUUGGAAGCAUACUUCCAUGCCAGAGACGCCGCGGACCCACACCUCAAACGUUCUCAGGGAUGGCUGGAAUACUUGUACGGUCUGAUCUUGUCCAAAUCGAGGCAAGAAAAUCUGGCGCAGAAGUGGCUUCUUCGAUCUGUUCGACUGAAUCCUUAUCACUGGGGAGCAUGGGAAGAACUGGCCUGCCUCCUCUCCUCCGUCGACGACCUGAAUGCACAGCUAUCCCCUACGGUCCUCCCUCAAAAUUUAAUGAGGAUCAUGUACCACGCCUACGCCUCCGUCGACUUGUUCUCCACAAGCGACCAAUCCGCGACUUUCACCUACCUGGAAACGCUCUUAAACUACUUCCCAACCUCGACAUUCCUCCUCACCCAGCUCGCCCUAUCGCACUACCACGCAAAAGAAUACGAAACAUCAGCCUCGAUCUUCCAAGACCUUCUGAUAUCUCACCCCCAUCGCCUUGACGGGCUAGAUCACUAUUCCAACAUCUUGUAUGUAAUGGCAGAUCGGCCUAAACUCGCUUUCCUCGCCCAUCUGGCUACCUCCGUCGACAAAUUCCGUCCUGAAACCUGCUGUGUGGUGGGCAACUACUAUUCACUCUGCUCGCAACACGAGAAGGCGGUCAUGUAUUUCCGACGUGCUCUGACACUCGACCGAAAUUUCUUAUCCGCCUGGACGUUAAUGGGCCACGAGUACAUCGAGCUGAAAAAUACGCAUGCGGCCAUCGAAUCGUAUCGGCGAGCCGUCGAUGUGAACCGCAAGGACUACCGCGCCUGGUAUGGGCUGGGCCAGGCGUACGAGGUUCUCGACAUGGGGUUCUAUGCGCUAUUCUAUUAUCAACGUGCCGCGGGCCUUCGACCCUACGACCCCAAAAUGUGGCAAGCGGUUGGAUCCUGCUAUGCCAAGAUGGACAGGUUGGAACAAGCGAUCAAAGCCCUCAAACGAGCUCUUGUGGCCGGGACCUACUUUGACGACAGCAAUUCGCCGCAGUCGAGCUUCAACGUAAGCACAAGCGUGACGAGCGUUAGCACCACGAGGACAAAAUCCAAACUUAAACGACCGUCUCGGAAGCUCCUGGACCCAGAAACCUUGUACCAGAUCGCUCUCCUGUACGAGCGCAGCGGCGGUCCCGCCGCUGAGGCCGAGGCGGCGAAGUACAUGGAACUAUGCGUCGCGCAGGAGACGGGAGGCAGCCACAAGUCUGUAGUGCGCGCCGAGAAGGCGCUGCAGAAACGGCAGCGCAAACAAGCUAUCGCGGAGGAGCGCCGCGCUCGCGUUGCUGCGAUAGCUGCAGAUGGGAACUUUGACACAAACAUUGGGCUCGACCACCCUGCUGAAGGGGACGACGAUACAGAGAUCUUGUCUUCUGCAUCACCGUCUUCACCUGUGGACCCGUCCAUUGCUGACGCCGAUGGAGACGCAGAAGGUGAUGACGAAAGGGAAGGUGACGGAUUUGGCACCGGAACCACGGCCACGACGUCUAAGGCGCGUCUGUGGCUGGCUAGAUGGAACGUGCGGACUGGCGAGUUCGAACGAGCAGAACGCCUGGCCGAGGAGCUGUGUAUGGAUGGGUAUGAGGUCGAAGAAGCGAAGGGAUUAGUUAGAGAAGUUAGAGGACGGAGAGAGGGUGUGAGCGAUGGGAUGUGA